AUGGCGAAACCAGGAGAUCGUGAUCGAGCCUCCGCUGUGAAUGCUUUGAAUGCUCAGGACUCCGUACAUCUGGAGGAGCCACCUCGGAUAGAGGAGCUUUUCGUGGCUUCUGCCCUCUUUGAGACGGGCUGUGGCAUGGUAAUUCUUCUCAGUGUUCUCGCCAUCGCCUGGGAGAUCGAUGAUGUCUUCGUCCCGCAGUUCCGUCAGUUCCUGGAGAGUGGCGUCACCGGCUUCUUCCUGGCGGAGUGGAUAGUUCGCUUGAAGGCCAAUGGGUGGAGAAUGCUGCUGCAGCCUUUGGGCAUGUUUGACACCUUCCUGGUAUGGGUGCCAGGGGUCCUGGCAGUCUGGAUCCUGCAGCCGAGCAUUCAGGAUGGUUCCACUGACUUCCUAAAGGUGGUCAGGACCAUCCGGAUGCUACGCUUAUUGCGCAUUGUGCUCUUCUUCAAGCACUUCAAGGCCUUCCAAGACCUCUUCAAGCUCGUACGAGGUCUCCUCAGCAGUGGCAGCACGUUGCUCUCGGCCAUGGGUCUGAUCGCAGCCACUCUCUACACCUUUGCAAUAUUUGCGAUUGACCUCAUCGGAAACCAGGACCGAACAGGUGCUAGUGACGAUGUGAAAGAAGCUCAAAAUCUCUUCAAGGGCUUGUUCCAAACGAUGGUCACUCUCAUGCGGUUCAUGCAUGGAGACGACUGUCAAGGUAUCUUGGAUGUAUUGACGACGCGCCAGCCUUGGAUAUGGGUUUUCCUUUGGCUCUUCACAUCUUUGUCGUCUUACGUCCUGCUGAACUUGGUGACGGCCGUCAUUGUGCAGCAGGCUCUGGAGAUGAGUUCUGCCGAUGAAGCCGAUCUUGCGAAGCAGCUGCAAGCGCAGCGAGAGGAGGACAUGCGAGAGCUCGAGGGGAUGUUCAAGAUGCUGGACGAAGAUCAGAGCGGACAGGUGAGCUUGGAGGAGUUCAUGCAGGCCUUCAAGAUCAAGGAGGUUAAGACGAAGAUGACUUUGCUUGGGCUGAAGGAGGCGGAGAUGCUGGACUUGUUUCGUCUCCUGGAUACCGACGGCGAGGGGGAGCUCUCGCUGGAGGAGUUCAUGCAGGGAAUGA